AUGGGUGAUGUAUGCCAUAAAAGAACAAAAAAUUGUGGUCGUAAAAGAGUUGAGAUAGACUUGGAGAAAGCUCUUGAAGUUCCGUUAGCUAAGCGAAGCAGUCUUAGAUCUUUAGCAUGUGCAUUGGGUCUUAAAAGCAAGACAACAUUGGAAAAGUAUUUAAAAGAAGGGAAAUUGCGUCGACAUUCAAGCUCAUUAAACCCACAUUUGAAGGAUGAUAAUAUGAAAGCUCGUCUUAGAUUUUGCUUCAACAUGCUUGACGAAAAUAGCAUUCCUCACAAUCCAAUGUUUAAAUCCAUGUACAAUGUUGUUCACAUAGAUGAAAAGUGGUUUUACAUGACAAAGAAGAGUAUGAACUAUUAUCUUCUUGCUGCUGAGGAUGAUCCGCACCGAACCAUCAAGAACAAAAAUUACAUUCAAAAAGUCAUGUUUUUAGCAGCAAUGGCUAGACCCAGAUUCAAUGAUGAAGGUAACGUGACAUUUACUGGAAAAAUUGGAGUGUUUCCUCUUUUAGAAAAAUUACCAGCAAGAAGGUCAAGGGUUAAUCGAGCAGCAGGUACACUUGAAACAAAACCUAUUACUUCUAUCACAAAAGAAGUGAGUCGAAUGUUCUUAAUAAACAAGGUGUUGCCGGCAAUCAAAGAAAAAUGGCCACGAGAGCAUGCACAUGAGCCGAUUUUUAUUCAACAAGAUAAUGCACCAUGUCAUGUUUCACCAGAUGACGAAGAAUUUCAUAGAGCAUCUUCUGAAGGAGGAUUCAACAUUUGUUUGACUUGUCAACCAGCUAAUUCUCCUGAUUUAAAUGUUUUGGAUUUAGGUUUUUUCAGCGCCAUACAAUCAUUGCAACAAAAGAAAGCGACUAAAACAGUUGAUGAGCUAAUUGAAGUUGUGGAAGAUGCUUAUGAGAAUUUUGAUUGCAAGAGUUCAAACAAAAUAUUUCUCACACUCCAAACAUGUAUGGUUGAGAUCAUGAAGGAAAAGGAAUCCAACAGAUACAAAAUUCCUCAUAUGAAAAAAGAUGUGUUGCUUGCCUAUGGGAAGCUACCCACUCAACUGGAAUGUGAUCCAGAUUUAGUCCAUGAAGUUCAUGAAUACCUUUUGAAUUGA